AAUUAAAUGAUAAGGAAAUAGAUGAAGAUAAUUGUGAAGUUAAGAAGUCAGAUAAUUAUAAACCGAAGAUUGAGGCUGAUUCUGAAUUACAAAAAAGAAUUAUAGUUUUGAAACCAAACUCUUUCCUUCAUAAACCCACACCAAGCGUUACAGGAUAUAACUAA